UCUUUGUAGUGAACAUGGAGGGGAACAUCGUGUUUGUGUCUGAGAAUGUGACCCAGUACCUGCGCUACAACCAGGAGGAGCUGAUGAACACCAGCGUGUACAGCGUGCUGCAUGUCGGAGAUCACGCCGAGUUCAUCAAGAACCUGCUGCCUAAAUCCCUCGUGAAUGGCGUCCCGUGGUCCAGCGAGAGUCCGAGGAGGAACAGUCACACGUUCAACUGCAGGAUGCUCGUCAAUCCGCACAGCGAGAACCAAGACGAGGCGCACGAGCAUGAGCCCCAGCAGCAGAAAUAUGAGACCAUGCAGUGUUUUGCUGUUUCGGAACCCAAGUCCAUCAAGGAGGAAGGAGAUGACUUUCAGUCGUGUCUGAUCUGCGUUGCUCGGAGGGUGCCCACGAAGGAAAGGCCUGCGCUUCCCACUCAUGAGAGCUUCACUACACGCCAGGACCUGCAAGGCAAGAUAACGUCCUUGGAUACUAGUCUGCUAAGAGCAUCGAUGAAGCCGGGCUGGGAAGAUCUAGUUAGGCGCUGCAUCCAGAGGUUCCACCUACAAAAUGAUGGAGAGAUGUCUUUCGCCAAGAGACACCAGCAGGAAGUGCUUCGCCAUGGUCAAGCAUUCAGUCCCAUCUACCGGUUCUCGCUCUCUGACGGCACCAUGGUUUCGGCCCACACCAAGAGCAAACUGAUGCGUUCAAAUGCCACGAACGAACCCCAACUCUACAUGUCCAUGCACAUUCUUCAAAGGGAGCAGCCGGUCUGUGGAAUGGGUCAGGAUGUGGGUCAUGGAAAUCAGGAGAUGGGGAUGACUCCCAAACCAAUGAACUCCUCCACCCCUUCCAUGACUCCACCAACCCCAGGGAGUGUGCCAGGUUUAGGACCUCAGGGCCAAGACACUACUAUCAGCAGCAACAGCACGCCUUUCUCCCCACCAGGCCCAGCUGGUCCCAGAGAGCCAGCGGCCAUGGGGGGCCAUAUGCAAGUCUACCGCUUUGGCUGUCCCCCACCACACAACUACACUGGGGGGAUGCAAUUGCCACAGCAGGGCCCAAACUGGAGGAUGAACAGCCCGUCACGCGCUAGCCCCAGUCCAGCUGGUGGGCCCCAUCCACCUCAGCAGAACUCUAUGCUGUCACCCAGGCACCGUGGUAGUCCUGGGGGGGCAGGCAGCCCUCGUGUAGCAGGAAGCCUGCACUCACCCUCUCCUGUCUCAAUGUGUGGAGGGGGGCCUGGAAGUGCAGGCGGUGGCGGCAGUAGCACUCUUGCUAGCAGCUACACUAGCAGUUCUCUGUCGGCUCUACAGGCCCUUAGCGAGUGCCAUGGAGUAGGACACGCCACCCCGCAUGCACACACGCUGAACUCACCAGACCAGAAGUUAGGUUCCCCAAUUGGAGUCACACCGGGUUCAGUGGUAAACACUCACCUGCUGCCAAAACUUGGAGGAAGCAGCAGCGUUGCUGGUGGAGCGGGAGACUUCGGACCUCACCCAGAGGUGAGUCAGGGACACACCCAGGUCCAAACUGACACCGGUCAGGUGGAGCCCAAGGAGGAGAGGGAGGGGGCACUCGAGGGCCACGAUGCUCACAACCGCAUGCAUGACAAUAAGGGCCACACCAAGUUACUGCAGUUGCUCACCACUAAGCCAGAACCUCUGGAGACUCCCCUGUCCCCCAGCGCAGGAGGGGAGGGAAAGGAGCAGGCUGCCACAGGGGUCCGAGGUGGCCACAUAGGAGGGAGCACCCACGCCACAUCCCUCAAAGAAAAACACAAAAUCCUCCACCAACUGCUUCGGAACAGUACAUCACCUGUAGACCUGGUCAAGCUCACUGCUGAGGCUACAGGCAAAGAACUGGGCCAGGACCAGUCACAGGGUGCUGGUCCCACAGCUUCUGUGGGAGAACUCACUCCCAAGCAGGAGCCAUUGAGCCCCAAGAAGAAGGACAAUGCACUGCUGCGCUAUCUACUGGAUAAGGACGACACUGUAAUGAAGGACAAGGUCUGCAAGCGGGAACUCGGAGAGGUGAAGUUCGAAGAGGACAAACACCCCCAGGUGAAGGUGGAGAAACAGGAUGCAGAGUACGACCGGAUCGAGCAGUCGUCGGAGCUGGAUGACAUCCUCAACGACCUGCAGGACACCGUUUCGUUGCCCAGUCCCAUAAAGCAGCAGAACAUUAUCAACAACAUGAUGCAGAUGUCCGAGGCCGGUCCUGCCAUGGCGGCGCAGCAGCAGCAACACCGAGGUCUUGCGGCUAGCAUGGACUUUGGGGGUGUCCGACAAGGACCGCCAGGCAGGAGUUUGUCUGUGAGGAGCGUCUCUCUGGACAUGAGCGUGUCCCCUCAGCAGCAGUAUCCCAUAAGGGCUUCGAGCCCGUACGCUCUCAUGCAGCAGCAACAGCAGCAAGGGAUGGGAAGUCCCGGCAUGAUGCCUAACCAGGCAGGACUGGUGAAUGCAGGACUGAUGGCUCCAGGUGGUCCACGACCUGUCAUGCAGCAAGAGGGCUGGGUGGGUUCUGCCUCUGCGCCUCCGCUGGGAGCGUCCGGUCCCGGACAGCAAAACGCCAUGCAGGGCAGAAUGGGGCCUGGCAAUGGUCUGAUGAGGCCUAACAGCCAGCCAGGGCCCCGGCCGAUGCUUCAGUCCUCAAUGAUGUCCAACGCCCAACCGGACAUGGACAUCGGUAUGGUCAGCCACCAUUUCUCACAACAGGCUCCGCCCAACCAGACCGCACCUUUGCCAGACAGCAUGAUGCCGAUCGAUCAGACGGCUUUCGUAAACCAGAACAGACCUGCUCCCCAGGAUGAUCAUCUGUGCAACACGGGGCUCGGUGCUGACGGGAACACGGUGGACGAGGGAGCUUUGAUGUCCCAGCUGUACACGGCACUGAAAGACUUCGAUGGUCUGGAGGAGCUUGAUCGUGCUCUCGGGAUCCCCGCCCUGGUUGAACAGAGCCAGUCACUGGAGCCAGACCAGUUCCCACAGGACCCCUCCAUGAUGUUGGACCAAAAGCCCCCAAUGUACACCCAGCAAUUCGGCCCUCCACCGUCCCACAUGGCGCCAAGGGGCUUCCCUGCAGCUCCCAUGCAAGAACCAGGUUUUCACCCCAUGUCUGGCCAGAUGGGUCCGCGGCAGAGUUACCCAAUGAUGAGAAUGCAGCCACGGCCUGGACUCCGGCCCAGUGGUGUGCCCCCCAACCAGCCCAACACACUACGCCUGCAGCUCCAGCACCGGCUACAGUCACAACAGAACCGUCAGCCGAUGAUGACUCCGAUGAGCAGUGUGUCGAAUGUGAACCUACCUCUUCGAGCCAGUGCUCCAAGCCAGGCAAGCAUCAAUGCUCGGAUGUUGGCUCAGCGUCACCGGGAACUUCUGAGUAAUACCUUGAGGCAGAGGCAGCAGGUGCAACAGGCCCAGCAGGUUCAGCAGCAGCGGAGCAUGGCCAUGAGGGCCCAGAACCUCAACCUGCCUCCCAACAUGGCCGCCAUGGGCAUGAGUAGCCCCAGGAAUCCUCAGGCAACUCCCCAGCAGUUCCCCUACCCACCCAGCUACGGUACCAGUACAGGCCUGGCCUCGUCACCUCCCCCUACCAGCCCCUUCUCCUCCCCACUCUCCCCCAGCCUGCCCUCUCUCCCCCCCACCCCUCAGCUCCACCUGCAUGGCACCUCCUCCUCCUCACAGAUGAUGAUGGGAAACACAAACAUGAUGGGCGGACAGUACGGGGCCGUACUCAGCCCCCAAAUGCAGCACAGUGCCUUUCAGUUUCCCAACUCAGGUAUGAACCAACAGGCAGACGGAGGGUUUGGAGGAGCCAGCACGCCACAGAGCCCCCUGCUGUCCCCUCGCAUGGCCCACACGCAGUCCCCCAUGAUUCAACAGGGCCAACAAAAUGCUGCUUUCCAGGGUUCUCCUGACAUGAACGGCUGGCCGCCGGGAAACAUGGGAGGGAACAGCAUGUUCCCGCAGCAGCAGACGUCCCCGCAGUUCACGCAGCAGAACAACAACAGCAGCAGCAGCAUGUACAACGGCAACGCCAUGAGCCUCAACAGCAUCUCCAUGAACACCAACAUGGCGACCAGCAGCAUGGGCCAGAUGAGUGGACAGAUGAACAUCACAUCCAUGGCAUCAGGGUCCUCACCCGGCCUGCCCUCCAUGGGACAAGAACAGAAAUAUUGUUGACCCUCAUGAAGCCUCUUAACACGAACCUCAAAGCUCAGCUGGCGCAAGGAGCGUGUCGGCCCUUUAAAAACAAAAAUGCAAACUAAUCGGCUGCCCCUUGAACCAGCCAGGCCAGCGCCCUGACCCCCUCCAUCUCCCUUGUCCCUGCUCCCCCCCCACACACACACACAAAUAGACACAGGAGUGCGCGGAGUGCUGGGGAAGGACCUCUGUCCGACUUGCCUAACCCUCCUGGAGGAGCCGCCAAUGAGACGCCGAUCUGCCUGUCCAGCCGCAUUCACCGUAAUGUGACUUACUGUCGGCCUCCUGGAGGGGGACAUAAACUUGGGUGGCAGAGGCUUUU